GGGCGGGCUCUUAGGCUCCGGGAGGUGGCGGCUCGCGCCCGGGCGCACGCUCGGGCGCCUCCGAGCCCAGGUCGUUGGGCCCAGCCCGGUUCUCCGACGGUGCGCAAGCCAAGAUGUUGAGGCGCAGCUUGGAAAACCGGGACGCUCAAACCAGACAGCUGCAAGAUGCUGUCACAAACGUGGAGAAGCAUUUCGGAGAGCUGUGCCAAAUCUUUGCUGCUUAUGUAAGGAAAACUGCCAGACUGCGAGACAAAGCAGACCUACUGGUGAAUGAAAUAAACGUGUAUGCCUCUACAGAGACCCCAAAUUUAAAGCAGGGCCUGAAAAACUUUGCCGAUGAGUUUGCCAAACUUCAGGAUUAUCGACAAGCAGAGGUUGAAAGACUUGAAGCCAAAGUAGUUGAACCUUUGAAAGCUUAUGGAACCAUUGUAAAAAUGAAACGAGAUGACCUCAAAGCAACAUUAACAGCAAGGAAUCGAGAAGCUAAACAGUUAACUCAGUUAGAAAGAACACGUCAGCGAAACCCAUCUGAUCGACAUGUCAUUUCACAGGCAGAAACUGAAUUGCAGAGAGCUACAAUGGAUGCUACCCGAACAACUCGUCAUCUGGAGGAAACUAUUGACAAUUUUGAAAAGCAGAAAAUAAAGGAUAUAAAGACUAUAUUUUCAGAAUUUAUCACUAUUGAAAUGUUAUUUCACGGCAAAGCUUUAGAGGUCUACACUGCUGCCUACCAAAACAUACAAAAGAUUGAUGAAGAAGAAGAUCUGGAGGUUUUCCGAAAUUCUGUGUAUCCACCAGAUUAUUCAUCCCGUUUAGAUAUUGUAAGAGCAAAUUCAAAGUCGCCUCUUCAAAGAUCACUCUCGGCUAAGUGUAUAUCUGGAACAGGACAGGUAUCCACCUGUCGACUAAGAAAGGAUCAACAGGCAGAAGAUGAUGAUGAAGAGGAUGAAGACUUAGAUGUCACAGAAGAAGAAAAUUAAUCUUCUUAAGUAAACUCCACCUUUCAGUUUUCAUCUUAAAUGACUUGGAAUCCAGAAUUAAUACAAUGUAAAACUUUAUACUGGCUUCAUACAUGAUAAACUUCAAAAUGAAAUCCCACUGGAAAUGAAAAUUAAAGGAAAUUUGUGCUGACAAAAACUGAAGGUUUUAAAAAAUAGUACACACCAGUCAUUUCAACAUCCUAUCCAACAGUAUGUGAUUUUUGUAUAGGUUUCAUUUUUUAAAAAAUUAUGUAUUUCAAAAGUAUUUCAUAUUAAUGCACUAAAUGUAGUUGAGGUUGCAAUAUAACUAGGUGAGAAAAAACAAGAGAUCUAACAAUUUGACUUGUUUCUUUUGCUUUCAUUGCCAAAAAAGGGUCUUUAGUCAUUCUGAUUAAAUACAAAUUCUAUUCCAUAAAGCCUUAAUAAAAAAGACAAGGGUUUUUUUCCUUUCCUCAUUUUCACUUUUACUAUAACCUUAAGUUUCAUUGUUUGAUAAUUUAGUUUUCAACAAGAGUGUUAUUACUUCUGAUUAAAGGUAAUGGGCACUAGGAUAUCAGUGUCUUAAAUUUUAGGUUAAAAUUUAGCAUAAAUUUUAGAUUGACAAAGAAAGCUACAUUCAGCCUGAUUCGGGUUUCAGAAUGAAAAUGCUAUCAGACUAAAGAAUUAUACCCAAAACUACAACUUUUGGAAAGCUGUAAUUUGGUAGAAUGUUGCUAAGAAAACAUCAUGGAAAAUCAUUAAACCAAAUCACCAUCUAAUUAAUGAAAGAGGAUAUAGUUACUUUUAUUCCUGAAAAUAAUCAAUUUAAUCAGAGCCUUUCAGUAUGCCCAUUUGUUUCUUUGGACGGGGACUGCACUUUUGAUAUUUCAUGGAUACUAGUCAGGCAUAUAAAAAUAAUGAAAUUUUUAAAUCAUUUGGGAUAACACAAAAAACAAUUAUUCAUAACAGACAAAUAAAGACUUUACAGAAAGCUUUUUGACUUUGUUUUCCAUGGUUCUGUUCUUAACAAAACAUUGCUUCCUGAGAACAGUCCUAAGUGGUAAAAUUACUUCAGUACUUUCUAAACAAAAUACUCAAAAUGUUUUAAAACCUAAAUGAAUUAAGACACUCAAGCUAUUGCAUUUUUAUUUUUUGGUAUGUAACUGUGGUGUUGUAGCUGGGAGGAAAAAAAAGUUAUAGUAUUUCUUGUUUGUAAUAGCAGCUCGUGUCUCUUGAGCAUUAGCUGCCCUAUCUAUAAAGUUAAAAUAGUGCCUGAUACAUAAAGCAGUCAGCAAAUAGUUCUGAUAUAAAAUGAAUUCUCUGCCUACUUCAAAGAAAUAUUGUAGGGCGCCUGGGUGGCUCAGGUCAUGAUCGCAGGGUUCUGGGAUCCAAGUCCCACAUCAGGCACCUUGCUUGGUGGGGAGUCUGCUUCUCCCUUUCCCUCUGCCCUUCCUCCCUGCUCAUGCUAAUAAAAUCUCAAAAAAAAAAAAAAAAAAAAAAGACAAAAGGAUUACUAUACAUAAUACUUCCAGCAAUGCAAAAUUUUCUUGUAGAUCAGACUUAGGUUGGCAAACUUUUUCUUAAAGGGCUAAAGUAAGUAUUUGUGUGCUGAGAAAACACAAUCAACGCUAUUACAUAGGUACUUAUAUAAUCAUUUAAAAUGUAACCACCUUUAUACCCUAGGUGGUUGGGGUGGAUGUCUUAUGAUAAUCACCUGUGACCAACAAAAAAAAAUAACUGAGCCCCUAAAAAGGAAGUAAGCCAUUGAAGGGGUUAUCAAUAGAGAUGUUAAAAAGGAUCCAAGUUCCCUGGUUAGCUUUCUAUAAAAGACCAACCCUAAAGACCCUCAUCAGCAAGGCAACCCUGUUGGGACACCUCUCACUCUUGAAGGCUUUUUCUGUAUCUUCACUUAAUAAACUUCUAUUGCUUUACUCACACACACAGAAAAAUGUAACCACCUUUAAAAACGUAAAACCUCUUUCAGCUUCCUUGUAAAAAAAAAAAAAACAGGUAACCUAACCAGUUACUUUUGGGGUAAAUGGUCCAUAUAGGCCUCCAUUUCUUCUCUCCAAAAUAAGUUUAUUAGCGUUAUUGAGAAUAAAUGAUAUAGUUAAUUCAUAAUUAUAGAUCAUAAGUAUGUAGUAUCUAAUGCAGCUCAGUAAUAACUAACAUUUAAUACAAAGAUGGAAGUAAUGGGUUCACUACUUAAUAGGUGAUAUGUGAACCAAGAGCCACUGCUCUGGACAGUAUUCUCAAUGAGUGAUAAGUGUACUCCCAAUGUAAUGAUUAACUACCUCUUUGUUUAUGGGAUUAUUUUUACUUUCUAGACAUAAACUGUAUUUUCCAGAUACCUUCUGACAAAAACGUCUGGCUUUAAGAUAAUUAAAAUGCCGCUGGAU